GUUAUCCUAAAUAACAAAACAUAACAACACAUGUGUUGAAAAUAAUCGCAACAAAUAUUGCAAUCAUUUAUAAAUAAAACUCAACUUUAAUUAUCUCAUUAAUAAUAACUGAAGAUAUCAUCAGAAAUGGUGAGAACCUAUGAGGAAGAACUGCAAUAUUUGCAGAAAUAUAACAACAAAUGGAUUAUUAAGAAGGGUUUUGUACCAAAUAUGAAGACAGAAGGAGUGUUUUAUGUGAACGAGUCGUUGGAGAAGUUAAUGUUAGAUGAGUUAAGAAUGAGUACAAAGCCCGGAGGUAUCGGAGGUUUUUUGCCCGGCGUUAAACAGAUUGCAAACGUGGCCGCACUGCCCGGUAUUGUUGGACAAUCAAUAGGUUUGCCUGAUAUUCAUUCGGGGUAUGGCUUUGCCAUCGGAAAUAUGGCCGCCUUUGAUAUGGAUGAUCCGUUAGCUAUUGUCUCACCCGGAGGUGUGGGCUUUGAUAUCAAUUGUGGCGUACGAUUACUUCGGACUAAUCUGUUUGAAAAAGAUGUUAAUCCUGUGAAGGAACAGUUGACUCAAUCUCUUUUUGAUCACAUCCCAGUUGGUGUCGGCUCUAAAGGUAUUAUACCAAUGAAUGCUAAAGAUUUGGAGGAUGCACUUGAAAUGGGAGUCGAUUGGUCUUUAAGAGAAGGCUAUGCAUGGGCUGAAGAUAAAGAACAUUGUGAAGAAUAUGGACGUAUGCUUUCAGCCGAUCCAUCAAAAGUGUCGAUGAAGGCUAAAAAGAGAGGUUUACCUCAAUUGGGAACUCUUGGUGCAGGUAAUCACUACGCAGAGAUUCAAGUAGUAGACGAGAUAUUUGACAAACAAAAUGCCGCUAAAAUGGGUAUCGAGUCAUUAGGACAGGUAUGUGUUAUGAUUCAUAGUGGCAGCAGAGGAUUUGGUCAUCAAGUGGCCACUGAUGCACUUCUGUUAAUGGAAAAGGCAAUGAAAAGAGACAAAAUUGAAGUCAAUGACAGACAACUUGCCUGCGCUCGUAUCAACUCAGAGGAAGGACAAAACUACUUGAAAGCAAUGGCCGCUGCGGCCAACUUUGCGUGGGUUAACAGGAGUUCUAUGACUUUUCUCACAAGACAAGCCUUUGCAAAGACAUUUAACACAACUCCCGAUGAUUUAGAUCUUCACGUCAUUUACGAUGUAUCGCAUAACAUUGCAAAAGAAGAACAACAUUUAGUCGAUGGAAAGCUUAAAAGAUUAUUAGUUCAUCGCAAAGGAUCCACUCGAGCCUUCCCUCCACACCAUCCACUCAUUCCCGUUGAUUAUCAGUUAACAGGUCAACCGGUUCUUAUUGGUGGAACAAUGGGCACUUGUAGUUAUGUAUUAACUGGAACUGAGACCGGAAUGAGGGAAACAUUUGGGACGACCUGUCACGGCGCCGGUCGGGCUCUUUCAAGGGCUAAAUCACGCCGUAAUCUGGACUAUACACAGGUUUUAGAGGACUUGGCCAACAAAGGUAUAUCAAUUAGAGUGGCGUCACCUAAAUUGGUUAUGGAAGAGGCACCCGAAUCAUACAAAAAUGUGACGGAUGUGGUCAACACUUGUCAUGAUGUCGGCAUCAGCAAGAAAUGUGUCAAAUUAAGACCAAUUGCCGUAAUUAAAGGAUAAAUUUAUUAAAAUAUAAUAAAAAGUUUAUAUAUU